CAUUUCCCAUCUUCAACUACUGCGACUCAGUUGAGACUUGCCCCCUGUUAGCGUUUUCCCUACUCCAGACAUGUGGUCAACCUUUUGUGCAACAAGUUUGCUAGGGAGUGCUUAUAAACAUGUCGCCAACUUAGCAGAAGCAGAGGCAGUCGCAUUUACUGGGCUACUCAUAUCCUUUCUAAGGUCUUGAUUACUUUGGGAGAAGAAAGCUAGCUUGGUACUGAAAUGCCAGUGAGAGCUACGAUGGAGAUGUCAAGUUAUUUCCUCCUUGUAUUGGUUGGUAGCUUCGCUCUUCCAAUUUCCAUGCAUGCUCAGGAUCAAACAGGUUUCAUUAGUUUAGAUUGUGGGUUACCAGAAGAUUUGAGCUAUUCUGAAACUACAAGAACAGGCAUAAAAUAUACUUCAGAUGCUGCCUAUGUAGAAACUGGCCGCAGUGAGAGUAUACUACCUGAAUUUCAGUCAAGGAUUCAGAGGCAGAUGUGGACUGUUAGGAGCUUCCCUGGAGGAGAAAGAAACUGUUACAACCUAAUCCUCAAGAAGGAUGAUCGUUUUUUAAUCAGAGCAGGGUUCAUGUAUGGAAACUACGACAAGAAAAACGAAGCACCGCAAUUUGAUCUGUAUCUGGGGCCUAACCUCUGGACUUCAGUGGCAUUAACAGAUGCAUCAACUCCCAUGAGCUUUGAGAUCAUUCAUACUCUCCAGUCAAAUCACUUGUAUGUUUGUCUUGUAAAUACUGGGAAUGGGACACCAUUCAUAUCAGUAUUAGAGCUAAGGCCUUUGAAAAAUACAACUUACGAAAGUGAAACUGGAUCAAUGGAGCUCGUCAAAAGGUUCGAUGCUGGUUCAACGACAGAAGCUUUCAGGUUUAACAAAGAUGUUUAUGACCGUUUUUGGGUCCCUUACAAUAGAAACGAUUGGGCACAGGUAAGUACUGCAUCCUCUGUUGGAAGUCACGAUGAUUACCAGCCACCAUCGAUUGCAAUGAUGACUGCCGUAACGCCUGCUGAUGCUAGUAAGACGUUGGAUUUUUACCUUGACACCCCGAAGUCUGAUGACAAGUUUUAUGCCUAUAUGUACUUUGCUGAAUUUGAAGCCAACGUGUCACGAGUGAUGAACGUAUAUCACAACGGCCUGCAUAAGUAUGGGCCUUUUACUCCUCGGUAUUUGAAUGCAACCACUCUAUUCACCCCAAAAGCCUGGGAAGUUGGACAGUAUGCAUUCUUUUCAAUCUCCAGAGCAGAAGGUUCAACUCUUCCACCCAUCAUUAAUGCCUUUGAAAUUUAUAAGGAGAAAAAGUUUCCAAAGUUACAAACAGCCCAACGAGAUGUUGAUUGUAUCUUGAAUAUAAAAUCUACCUAUGGAUUGAUGAAGAGCAACUGGCAAGGAGAUCCUUGUGCUCCUUAUUUGUGGGAGGGUCUUGACUGCAGACAGAACGAUAAUGAUCAACCUAGAAUCAUCUCCUUGAAUUUAUCCUCCAGUGGUUUGACAGGAGAAAUACCUUCUUGUAUAGCCAAUCUCACUGAAGUACAAUAUCUGGACUUAUCAAAAAAUAGUUUGACCGGAUCAGUGCCUGAGUUUCUUUCUCAGCUGCAAUUCUUGACAGUGCUAAAUUUGGAAGCAAACAUGCUUAAUGGUUCAGUUCCAGCCAAACUAAUUAAAAGGUCAGAGAAUGGUUUGCAAUUAAGAGUCAAAGGAAACCCAAAUCUUUGUGCAUCAAUAUCAUGCAAGAAGAAAACAGGCAAGGGUAUUGCUGUUCCAAUAGCAGUCUCAGCUUCUUCACUUUUGGCACUCAUAAUUGCAUUGGCUAUCCUAUGGAGACUUAAAAGUAGAAAACUUCUUGCUAGGGAGAGGGAUGGUUAUAGAUCAUCGUGCCUCUCACUGGAGCCAAAAAAUCGAAGAGUAACAUAUUCUGAGAUCCUGAAGAUCACAAACAAUUUUGAGAAAAUUCUUGGUAAAGGAUCUUUCGGAAUGGUUUUUCAUGGCUACUUCGGUGACACUCAGGUGGCAGUGAAGAUGCUUUCUCCACAAUCAGUUCAAGGAUAUAAGGAAUUUGAAGCAGAGGUCACGCUUCUUUUGAGAGUUCAUCAUAAAAGUUUGACGAGCCUUAUUGGAUACUGUUAUGAAGGCACCUACAUGGGGCUAAUCUAUGAGUACAUGGCCGAAGGAAAUCUAGCAGAGCAUCUAUCAGAGAGCAGCAAUCACAUCUUGAGUUGGGAACAAAGGCUUCAAAUAAUGCUUGAUGCAGCAUCAGGGCUGGAGUAUUUGCACAAUGGCUGUAAACCACCCAUUAUUCACAGAGAUGUGAAGUCUCGAAACAUCUUACUAAAUGAAAACUUCCAAGCCAAGAUGGCUGAUUUUGGGUUGUCCAAAACCUUUACCACGGAAGCUGGCAGUUAUGUGUCAACAGUUGUCGCUGGUACCCCUGGAUACCUAGAUCCCGAGUACUACCUAACAAACAGGUUAUCUGAGAAGAGUGAUAUCUAUAGCUUUGGGGUUUUGCUUCUGGAGGUCAUCACAACCCGGCCUGUGAUUGCAAACACCACUGACAAGACUCACAUAAGUCAGUGGGUAAACUUCAUGCUGUCCAAGGGUGAUAUCAAAAGAAUUGUCGAUCCAAGAUUGAAAGAAGAUUUUGAUGUUAAUUCUGCCUGGAAAGCUGUAGAAGUGGCAAUUGCCUGUGUGUCUCCAACUUCCACAGGAAGGCCAACCAUGAAAGAUGUCGUGGGGGAAAUUUACGAGUGCUUAGCAACUGAGAGAGCUAGGAAGAAGAUAGGACAUGAAAAUGGAUCACAAAACUCAGCUGGCAUGUUCACCGUGAACCUGAAUAUCAGUUCUGAAAUGGGUCCCUUUCUUCGGUGAUCUUGUAAACUUAUUGUUAUGUUCAGAAUAAAUUAAUCUCCAUACUGGAGAUGGAGUUACUGCAGAUUUCAGUGAUUUUAUAGCUAUAGUUGAUGCCAGCAUUAACAUAUGAGUCGUGGUUUAAUGUGUUUGAAGGAGUCUCACCUCCUAUAUAUAUGAUUUCGUCUUUGCAUUUGUACUUGUAGUUCCAAAGAAAUAACAAGUUAGUUC